UCGCAAACCAUGACAAGAGGACAUAAGGCAGCCUCGCCUGCUGCAGAACGAGAAUGUAAAUGAGCGUCGUAGUAAUGGAUGUGGGUUAUGGAGUUAGGAAUAGAAUAAUGGCCUAUUUCGCAGCGAAACGGGAACGAGAACGACGAGGGGAUGAGAGUGCUCGAGGAUGGAAGACGAUUUGCAGCCAACUUUGGUAACAAAUCAUGGUUAUGCUCUCAACGUUCUUCGUCCCCCCGACAAUCAUCAAUGGAGUUGUUCUGGUCUUCUCGACCCUGCAAUUCGACAAGCAAGUAGAGGGCGUUUGUUUCAUUGGCUAGAUCUUGGGGUUUUGUGCCAGGUUCAGGAGGUCUGAGAGAAAACCAGGAAGAACAGUAAGCAGCUUGUGUAAGAGAGAGAGAGAGAGAGAGAGAGAGAGCGAGCGAGCGAGAGAGAGAGAGAGAGAGAAAGAGAGAGAGCGAGAGCGGUAGAGGGGGCAACGAGACAGUGUAGUUGUAGUAGUUGUAGUGUUUACUGGUGUGUGGCGUUGUUGUGGGUGUUGGCUUGAGUGCCCGAGGGUGCAGCGACAUGAACUUCAAGUUGGUGAAGGAGGAAGCAUACGCGAUAGACAUCGAGUUACAGGUUAAGUCGCAGUGUAAGAUCGCAUCAGAGAGCUUCCAGGGUCGGCUCUAAAGCAAGAAAUUAUGCAUUACGGAGGUAUGCACGGAGGUAUGCGUAGUUUUGAUGAAGGAGCCACGAAAAUGGACGAGUUGAACUGUGAGCUAUGGCAUGCGUGCGCCGGGCCUCUAACGCAACUGCCUCCAGUGGACAGCCUUGUGAUGUACUGGCCACAAGGGCAUAUUGAACAGGUAGUUGCAUGUACGCCAGAUUCUGCAGGCGCUGCGGAUGUUUAUCAAGCGUCGAAACAAUUUUCAAAUCUACCCGCUCAUUUGCUUUGCAGGAUAAGCAAGAUUGAACUACAAGCGGACCCUCAAACUGAUGAGGUGUUUGCGCAGAUGGAUCUCACUCCGCAAUAUGAGACUGAGCUCAGCAAAGAGACGAAAGACGCUCCAUCACCAAUCCAGCAGAGCAACGUUCGGAGUUUUUGCAAGACGUUAACUGCAAGUGAUACGAGCACCCAUGGAGGUUUCUCAGUACCUAGAAGAGCCGCUGAAGAGUGCCUGCCUCUGCUUGACCACAAUAUGGUUCCCCCAUGUCAAGAGCUCGUGGCUAAGGAUUUGCAUGGCAAAGACUGGAGCUUCCGUCAUAUUUAUCGAGGUCAUCCUCGGAGGCAUCUUUUGACGACAGGAUGGAGUGUUUUCGUCAGUCAGAAGAGGCUUGUUGCAGGGGACACUGUCAUAUUCCUUCGUGGAGAAAAUGGUCAGCUCAGAGUUGGAGUAAGAAGAGCGUCAAAGCAACAGCCGCAAGCGCGUUCUACUCACUUUAGUAGCGCGAAUUUGCAUCUAGGGGUGUUGGCUGCAGCAUCUCAUGCAGCCACUGAAAGGCUGCGUUUUAGUGUGAUUUACAAUCCCAGGACCAGCCCAUCUGAGUUUGUUAUCCCCUACCACAAGUACUUGAGGUCCGAAGAUAACAAUCUGACAGUUGGGUCCCGAUUCAAAAUGAAGUUCGAAACGGAAGAGUCGACUGAGAGGAGGUACUCCGGUACUAUUGUAGAAAUAAGUGAUGUCGACCCACUGAAAUGGCCGAGUUCAGCGUGGAGGUCCAUGAAAGUGGAGUGGGACGAAUCAGCUAGUGAAAGGCACGAAAGGGUAUCACCGUGGGAGAUCGAGCCCUUAGUGCCGAUCUCUACCUUGCCCACACCCCCUGUUGGGCCUAGGCCUAAGCGCCGACCACCUACCUUUGUGACAGACUCGGCCACUCUGGGACCGAGUCAAAGUGUGUUAGAUCCUUUUCAGUCCAACAAGCUCGCAAGGGUUCUUCAUUCUCAUGACCCUCGAAAUGAGCCAAGUAUCGGAGAUGACGAUGACGGGGAUGCUGAAUCUUCCCGGACCUCUUCAUUGGUUGUAAAGCAGGAACCACCGCCCAGGAAUGGACAUCAGAUUUGGUUACAGCGUUCAGACGUUGCAUCUUAUGGCAUACCUCCUAGCCCUUACGUCAACCGAAGGUUAUCAUCUGUGCCACCAUUUGCAGCUCCCCUUCCAGAAAAUACAACUGAGCUGCAACUGUCAGUUAAUUCUGGCAGCUUGGAUCAAGCUCCCAGCAAUGAGGAUUCGAGUGUGUCCUGGGCAUCCUACAUGGGUACUGGAGCUUAUCAAUUUCGGGAUCCAUCCUGUAAUAAGAUUUUGCCAAGUUGGCUGACCAAUUCCAAAUCAGCAAAUCUUACGUCUCCCCCAGUGCCUGCAAGAUCUCAACUGCCUAUCACCUCGCUUAACAAUGAUCCAAAAGUGUUACAUGCACACAAUUUGUCCUUUGAAUUGUGGGAAACGGUUGAACAGGAGCAACUUAACGCGUCUCCUGCAUUGGAACAGCAGUGCAAGUUGUUUGGCUUCAAUCUGGCUGAUAAAGUAGUACCUACCCCUGUGUCGUCAGCACCAUCACUUUGUGAGGACUCGGAAGGAUCAGGCCCCUGGUCUUCUUCUGAUCACACUUCCUCUACUUCUGCUGACACGCGCGUAGGAAUGAUUGUAACUGGAACUUAUCAGCCGCUUGUGGCUCCAGUGAGAAGCGGAACCAAGGUCUAUUAUUCUGGAAAAGUUGGUCGGACUAUUGACCUCAAGAAGUGUGAGAGUUACGCCGCCCUGAGACGCAUGCUGGCAUCCCUCUUUGGUCUUGAAGGUCAGCUCGACGAUGUCACGAAGGGCUGGCAGCUCGUCUAUACUGACCAUGAAAAUGAUGUGCUGCUCGUUGGAGAUGAUCCCUGGGAGGAGUUUUGCAAUUGUGUGCGCAGUCUGAAGGUCCUGUCUCCACAAGAUGCUGCAGGACAAAGCGUGGGAAAAUAUCCCAUGACAAACUGUGAUGAGGAUGAUGAUUGGCAGUCUGCAGUGCAGAGCAGUGGCUGAAAGACGCCUGGUCAUUCUGGAUGUGACUCCAAGUGUUCAUAUCCUGGUUCCUGCUUCAUUUCUUCUCUUUCUUUCACCCUUCGUCUUCAUUCUUCUAAUUUUUUUUUUUUUUUUUUUUUUUUUUUUUUUUUUUCCUUCUUUCUUUUCUCCUUUUUUGAGAUUUUGACUGCAGGUCCUAUAUUCAGAAGUGGUGGCUAGGGAUGGAAGACUUUUCUCCUUUGUAAUAGGAGAGUUUUGACUGCAGAAGUCUCAUCCUUGUACAGCAUUACGUUUCUACAGGCGGUAAUGUGAACCUUUAUGGUAAACUUAGGAUUGUAUUCAGCGGCAGAAGUAUUAUGGUUAUCUAUAGAGCCUUUAAAAGUGAUGGCAGCCGAACUGGUGUGUGCACCUUUGGGUGCGUAUGUGGUUCCAUGCUUAUGUAACUCCAUGAAGUGGGUUCCUUGAGGAAUGCUAUUGUUUUUCAUAUUAGAUCGUG